CUAUCGUAUCAGUACAACAGACACACACAGUAGUAGGCAUCACAGCAGCGUGUGUCGGUGAAUGCACAACCACGCUUCAGCUCAAGCGUUCGCGUGCGGUUCACAUUUGCCGCUUAUUUUUAAAUACUACAAAGGAUUAUGGCCUAAGAUGACUAUUUUUUCGAUAUCUUCGGCGAAUUUGUGAUAAGAUACGCACGUGUUUUUUAUUGUUUAUAUUUAGAUAAUGUUUCGCGAGGUUAAGGAGCUAAAAUUGGACUUUUGUAGAAAAUUGUUUUAGUUUGUUUUGUAUUCUAAGUUUAGUGAAACCAGGAAACAUGAGUGGAUUUCUGUUGGUGUCUUUGAUCGUCUUCAACCUUGGUUAUGUUAUAAAUUAUAAAUCAAGCAACCACCAUCACGAAAAUUGGAACAAAGACUCGGAAUUAGACAUGUUCCUCGAAAAUCCUCGCUACCACUACAACAACCACACGCAAGAAUACUCAGACUGGUCGUUCUGGAGUAGAUGCUCACACUGUCUGCAGAGAAGAAUGAAGGAAUGUAUUAGUCCUGCUUGUGACGGCUCAAGGAUAUACGAAGAAAGGCCUUGUAACAAAAAAAGAUGUAAAAGGAAAAGCAAGCAGAAGGAGAAGUUUCAGAUUGUUCAUUUAAAUGUGAACAACAACUACUUGAUGAAACAAGCUCCUUCAGAUAUCUGGAGUAGAUGGAGUGAAUGGUCGCCAUGUAACAGAAACUGCAGAACGUUUAGGAACAGGAAAUGCAAGAAGCCUAGUAGAUGCGGAAAGCAAGUUCAAAAGGAGCAUGCGUACUGCUAUCACAGUAAAACCAACUGCGAGGUGUAUGUUCUGAACCUGCUAGAACAAAGUAGGAAUAAUAAUGAUGCAAGAAGGUACCAUUACGACACCAAUAACCAGAACAGUACACAGAGACAGCCUAGGAGAAGAAGACGAAAUCGAAGAUGCGGUGUACCUGCAAGAAAGUCGAAAAUGCUAAAAAUCAUAGGUGGGAUAGAAGCGAGAAAGUACAAAUGGCCUUGGCACGUCGCCAUUUUGAAUCAAUUUAGGGAAGUUUUCUGUGGCGGAACCCUCAUAUCUAAUCGCUGGGUCCUCACAGCCAACCACUGCAUCAGAAGGUACUUACGAGUUCGACUCAACGCACAUGAUCUCAGAGCCACAGACGGAAGCGACGUCGAAAUGACAGUCUACAAGAUGUUUCCCCAUCCUAAAUUCAACUAUAAAACUGUCGAUAACGACAUCGCAUUGCUAAUGUUACCGAGAGCAGUCAAUACACCAAUCGCUUGCCUUCCCGCUAGAAAACCAAAGACGAGACAGGUGUGCUCAGUUAUGGGAUGGGGGAAGGUUGAUCCAGAGGAUGUAUAUGGUGUUCCUGUACUUCACGAGGCUAAGCUUCCAAUAGUACACCAGAAAACCUGCAGAAAGUCCUACAAGCAGUUCCUCAUCAGCGACAACAUGCUCUGCGCAGGCUGGUACUCAGGCAGAGCAGACACGUGCGCAGGAGACAGCGGCGGAGGUUUGAUGUGUCCGACAAAGAGGAACAAACGCCUCAUUUACAGUAUUCAGGGGAUAACGAGUUUUGGUGACGGAUGCGGUAGAAGACAGAAGUACGGGAUCUACACGACUGUGUAUAAUUACAUCGGGUGGAUAAAGUACAUUAUCGAUCACUAUUCGUAGUGGUUGCUGUAUUUAGUGUCUCUGUUUAAAAGAGACGGUUUUGAUAUAAAGCGAGUUGCGUAUUUUGACAUAUUGUAAUGUCAAUUUAGCGUGAAAGUGAUAUUUUUGAUGCCGCAAAAGUAAUUUUAGUCUAAGCAAUACAAAAAAAAGGAAAUGUAUAAAAUUAUGGCCGAAAACUUGUGAUAACACGUUAAAGUAUCUCUGAAACGGUCACUUUAAUUUUUAUGGGUAGUUUUGAGUCCAUCUGUCUUCUCAAACCAUAGUAAUACUUAUUGGCAAGCACUAUUCUUCAAUUCUUCCUGUAAUUUCGAAGAAAAGUUAAAAACAGCUUAUCUCGGACAUGUUCUUAGACACAAGAGGUAUGGUAUAUCCUACAGCUGAUAAUUGAAGAAAAUAUUUAGGGCUGAGAAAGCCCUCUUAGACGACAGAAAACGUGGCUAAAAAGCAUCACAGAAUAGACCUGAACCCUGGACUUUUGGCCACUAAAAAUAAACAAGCAAGUUAGGCAAUAGUUUGCAGAAGUCAUUGGCAACUUUUGUAAGACGGCACCUGAAGAAGAAGAAUGUCCCAGAUAUAGGAAUUAAGUUGACAAGUUGUCUAAAUGAGCUGAUAAAUGUGGAAGUAAAGAUGAUUCAGAUUUGAUUACAGGACAUAGCCUCUACUAUGUGCUUAUACGUAUAUCAAAUGAGUCAAGAACUAAAAUUCGGAUACCUAGUUAUCCUCUGAUGCCUUUUAAGGUGACUGAAAGCCUAAAACUAGGAGGAAAUAAACUAUUACUGGCACUUGCUAAAUUGUCAAUAAAUGUCUGUGUGAAGCGAUAACACCGACGCAGUGGAAUAACCCGGAAAUCAUAUUACUUCAUAAGAAAGGAGAUAUCAGCGACCUUAGAAACUACCGCCCCAUUAGCUUGCUGCCACAAGGAUAAUAUAAGCUAUUCACAAGAGUUACUACCAACAGACUAGGAGGUAAGCUGGAUUUCUCUCAGCCAAGAGAGCAGGUUUUAGAGCGGGAUAUGGCACGUAUGAUUAUUUACAAGUAAUUAGGAACUUAAUAGAAAAGAGUGUUGAAUAUAAGCCAUUAGUCCUGAUAUUUGUUGACUAUGAAAAAGCUUUUGACACAAUAAGCCAUCAAAACAUGUUAAAGGUCUUAACAGAAUGCCGUAUGGAUCGUCGCUAUAUAAACAUGAUCAAAUACAUCUAUCAAAAUGCGACAGCAAGCGUGAAACUGCCAGAUAAAAAAACUAACACAUUUAAAAUAAAACGGGGAGUGCGACAGGGAGACACAAUUUCGCCAAAAUUGUUUACAACCUUAUUAGAGCAUAUGUUUAAGAACGCAAAUCUGAGUGAAAAAGGAAUUAAUGUCAACGGAGAAAUACUUAGUCAUUUGAGGUAGGCUGACGAUAUUGUUCUGUUUGCUGACAGCAUCGAUGAUGCAGCAUCACAACUGGAGAAACUAUACCUAGCCUCCCUACAAGUUGGAUUAAAAAUCAACCACACAAAAACACAAAUCAUGUGUUAAGCGAAAAGAUUUCAAUAAAUGCAAGAAACCACCUCUUAUAAGUACUUGGGCAUGAGAUACGCAUAGGAAGAGAUAAUCAAACGUGCGAACGAGGCCGCCGCAUAAGACUCAUUUGGAUGGAAUUCGGCAAGCUGAGCCUUAAGUCAGAACUGCCUAUAUGUCUCAAAAGAAAAGUCUUUAAUCAGUACUUACAUAUGGUGCAGAAACUUUAACAUUAACCAAGAAAAUAAGAAAUAAAAUUUGUGUUACACAAAGAGCCAUGGAACGCUCGAUGUUAGGCAUUUCUGGUAGGGAUCAGAUUACGAACAAGGAAAUAAGAUGGAGAACAGGAGUGACAGAUGCCAUAGAAAGAAUUAUGACCCUGAAGUGGAACAGGGCGGGGCACAUAGCUAGAAUGUCAGAUAGCAGAUGAACACAACGAAUAAUACACUGAAGACCAAGACAAGAAGUAUAUCGAAGUAGAGGUCGUCGGCCAACAAGAUGGUCAACAUAAAACGGAUCGACAAAAAUUGGAUGCAAAUAGUACAAAACAGGAGUAUAUGGAAAAGAGUGAGGGAGACCUAUAUCCAGCAGUGGACAGAUCCGGGUUGAAUGAUGAUGAUGCCUUUUAAGAUAUAAAUAUAUAGAAUACAGAGUGAUGAAUUAGUCGACAAGGGGAUCUAUAACUGCAUCAAUGACAUGUGAUAACAAUCUUUAGCGAACUGGUUCCUUUUAUACUUACAAAACUAAAUACAAAUAAAAUGAAAGCAAAGAUGAUUCAGAUUUGGUUACAGGACAGGGCUUCUCUUAUCUGCUUACACGUAUUUCGGCUUUACCGUAGCCUCCUCAAGAGAUGAAAAGAUUUGAUUCCAAUUUAGUGCCUCUACACAGGUACUCCGAGAAGGCUACAGUAAAGCCGAAAUACGUAUAAGCAUAUAGUAGGGGCCCUGUCCUCUAAUCAAAUCUGAAUCGUCUUUACUUUCAUUUUAUUUGUAUUCACUUUUCUAGGUAUAAAAAGAACCAGUUCGCUAAAGAUUGUUAUCACGGUAAACGACAGGUCGUGGAUGCAAUUAUAGAUCCUCUUGUCGACUAAUUCAUCACUCUUUAUUGCUUUAUACUUAGGUCUUAAAAGACAUCAAAGGAUAACAAUUCGAAUUUUAGUUCCUGACUCAUUUGACUUAUGAUAAAUGUGGAUUGAAGCAUGUGAAGAGUUUGUUUAUGAUUGUAUUUAUUAUACAGAGCACGAGUUAUGUGUCUACUGUUAUCUGUAGAAUAUUACAAAACUCAACUGCUUUGUAAGAGACUAAGACAACUGGGCUGAUGCAGAUUGUAGCGGCAUGUUUUCGGAUGAGUCCGUGUGUAAUGCUGCCACCAGAUGGUCUUGUAAGUGGAGAAGACAAAGAUAGUGACAGAGGUUACUCAGUUAUGGUUUUUCCUUGUAUAAAUACCCAUACCCGUGCUAACUAGGUAUUGCUGAUGAAAGUUCUAUAGCUGAAGGUACCAAAUCAUAAUUAUUUGUUCUUAUUCGCUAAAAAUAUAGCGUAAAUGGGCUUUACUUGCUUCUGGGUGUAUAUAAACGAUGUAUCGGUAUCGUCAAUUAAACAUGCUGGCUCUAUUAAAUAAAAUUAAACAACAAAAAGGCAAAAAACAAAAUGAACAUGUUAUAAAAGAAAUAAAAAAGUAUCUUUUAUCACCAUGUCAUCUCUUAUCAUGUGUUUAUCAAUAUGUUUUCAGCUAUAUUUUAUACGCUUUCCUGAUUUUACUAACGCAGCAUAAACUGUUACAAAUACUAGUGAUAAAAAGUAGUUAACGGCUUAGUAGCUCAGUUUAAUAUUCUAGUCAUAGUUACUAAAAGGUUUUACUAAAGAUUUUUGACAAUCUUAUAAAAAUUUAAGAAUAAUUACUGCUUAUAUUGUUAAUAAUAAUACAAUAAAUAUUUUUUCGUCGAUUUUAUGACAUUAACAAGAUGUAACGAUUAAAUACAUAUUCAUUUCUGUACUGUAAGGUACGAAAUAAUCGGAAUGGGACGUUUCGAUUCCGCCGGUUCAUCGCCGGCCGUUUCGAUGCCGCCGGUUCAUCGCCAGUCCAUUUCAUCGCCGUCAUAUCUCGCAUUUCCUAGAAUUCCUAAUUAAUACUAAAAAUAACUAAUAAUUGUAACUGUCGAAAAUUCGGAAAUAUAUCAGAUAGCGAUUAAUUGACUGGCGAUGAAUCGGCCGGCAUCGGCAUCGAACUGGCGGCAUCGAAACGGCGGCGAUGAAACGUCCUAGACCCCGAAAUAAUAUAUCCUUACAGGGGCCAGUAGAUUUCAGUAGUCGAUAAAAAUACAUAAAGUAGGUCACGAAAGUUCGGAGAAAAAUUUCACAAUAUUGUGUAAAGGUCAAAAAUUAUCACAGAUCCAAAAAUCUAAAACUUUUAUCGUUGGAAAUAACUUUCUGGUGACAACCUAAAUUCGUGUUUUCUAUUUUUACAAUUUGCAAAGCAAACGGACGAUAAAUGAAACAUACAAGAGGGAAUCUACAAUAUGCAUUCACCUCCCGUCAAUUUA